AAGUGUCUUUUUGAAACGUCACUCCGGUGACAUUUUUGUCGCCUCUUAUCAAAAAUUAAUUUGAGAUUAUGGAUAAUUUUGUGAAAUUUCAUGACUCGACAGAAUGACAAGUGAUCGGAACUGUCGAGAGAGUAAAAAAGGAAAUCGAGUUUUGAGGUUAAUUAUGAGAGGGAUGAGGACGUGGUGAAUUUUUGGGGGUUUUGGGGACUUUGGGAAUUCGAGAUGGAGUAAUGUAAUGUGGAUUGGGGUAUGAGUGUGGAUAGUGAGCUGUCGAUUACGAUCAAGAUGGCCCCUGGGCCAGAACAUCGCCAGGAAACUUUAGCUACUGAUAAAAACACAGAUCGUGUUGUUGAAGUUUCAAGUGAAGCUAAUGGAGAAACGAUUGUUAGGAGUGAUGUUUUGAACAAUUCGGGUACUGAACCUGUCGAUGGCAUUCCGAGUCCCCAGUCCAUUCCAGUUAGUCAAGGAGAUAAUAAACAGGAGGAACCUGCUACCCUUUCUACUCUAAAUGAAGGAGAAUUAAGGGCGUUAUUGGACGAAGCCAUAACUUACAAACGUCCUAAAGAUCGAGAAGGAAAAUCUGAUCUGUUUAAGGAACUUCUGCAAGAGGCAGAGGCAGAUGAAACCGAGGAAGGACGUCGAGCGGUAACAAAUUCUCGUUGUCUCCCUGGCUCGAAUCGUCGAAGACACAAAAGGGACUCUGUUUCCGAAAGACUAACUCACGGAGGAUCCCUGCAAAAUCUCGCUCAGCCUAUCAAUUCCGAAUUUGAUAGUAGCUUCGCGUACCUGACUUCCGGCUCGAGUCACACAUACGGAGGUGGCAGGAGAAAAGGAAAAAAACACACAGGACCCAGUGUUUCGGCCAGGCAAAGAGAAGGCGGAUCCCUUCCAUCAAACGUCAACGCCUCGCACACACUCGCUUCCCUGGCGAAUUUAGACCUGGUCUUUGAUAAGAAGAAGCGCUUCUCCGAGGAGAGGGCCGUCUACGACUGGACAUCUAAGGAGAAGGCGAAAUCCCUCGACAAACCGUCGUACAGCAGUUCGAAGACGAAGUUUGAGGAAAAAGAAAAGGAGAAAAAGGAACCGAAACGUGAGAGCAGCAGCAUCAGCAGCAUCGCUGGCGCGUGCGAAGCCGAGAGCGAGAUUCGGGAAAAGAGGAACUGUCGUGGAAAACAAGGGACAAAUGAAAUGCUUGAAUCGGAUAACCCGCCCCCAGACUAUAAACGAGAUUACAUGGUGAUCGAUCUGGGCGAUGUUGAGGUGGGUGGUAGCAGCAGCAGUGGUGGCAGCAGCAGCAAUGAAAGGAACACGACUACCGCUUCGGUUGGCGGUGUUCAGCAGCGACCCCGGUCCAUCGAAGCCGAGGAGGAUGAGGGCACCGAAAUGAAAAUCAUCGAGCCGAGGAGACCAGUUCAGUUCAUCACGCGCGCCACCUUCGACAUCGCUCAAACACCUGUCGAUACGACAAUCGAAUUCCCGUUCCGAGAACACACUGUCAAGCCAGAAAAGUCCUCCUCGAAACUUGCUAUCAAUGGAUCGGAUGCGUCCAGUGCACUUCCGUUCACAACUUACAACAGUGUUCGCGUUCUCGGGAAUUCAUCAUCUGCAUCCAAUGCUACUUCACAGGGCAAAGUAAUAGUACCGAGCAUGUACUCGGUUAUGCCAGUUACAUGGUCGUCUCCAAAUCUUGCGAUGGAAACAGUUUCCAGAUUCACAGCUCAACAUAUCACAGUCAAGGAUUCGUCCAUAUCCGUGGAGAAAAAGUCACUCGAUGAAAAUGGAAAUGCAGUUCAGGGUUAUAACAAUGGAGAACGAAAGAAGGUUCGCCGAAAGCACACCCAGGAGCCAAACGUAAUUGUCUACAAAGCCGGAGAAGUCGAGGGCCACCGCAACACCGAAGACAUCGACAGUCUCCUGAACUUCAUCGAGAACAAGGAGUCGAAGGGAAAAAAGGGCAAGACUGGUAACAGUGUAAGAGUGAAAGCCAAUUCUGGUGCGAAACCGCGAAACAGAGAGAAAGACUCGAAAAGGGAACAGAUUCCUGCCAAACUUCACAAAUCAAACUCUCUCGAGGAGAUUUCGAAAACCAAACUCGAGGAUCUUACAAUUGAAAAAAGCACGAGCUCCAGUGGCGCCAGCAGUGUUUCCAGUCAGCACAGUGCGAUAAACAUUUCCCUUCGUCGAUCGAAACAGAGGAGCACCGGGGAUUCAGCUGUGGAUUCUAGGGGCGAUCGCAGAUCUUGGGGAACUGAAGAAGGUCAGUCUAUUUAUUGUAACGACACCGGAGACGAGUACACGACUCGUAGGAAUUCCACGAAAAAAAUUAAUUUAACAGAGUCGGAAGCUGAGCCGGAGUUUCUCGUUGUGACGAAAAAGAAGAAGAGCAAAAAACAGAGGCGAAGUUCGAGUGGCAGCAGGGCACAAAAUUUAUCCACUUCCGGGUCGUAUCUUCAGAGGUCCAGGGGAUUUUCUAACGAUUAUAGAACACCACUGUCUCCGGAACUGAGGAGGAAAUCUGCGAGCAGCAUGCCUCCUAGUGACAAAUCCGACAGUAGCGAUCUGGACUCGGUGCAUUCUCUUCCAGUGACAUCAAACACACAAAAGCACAAUCUAACAAAGGCGGCAAACUCUACGGGAGGGACGCCACAAGCUAGUUAUGCGGACAUUGCUCGAAUGGCUUCGAUCAACAUGACGAAUUCAAUUCUGGGCGUCGCCAAUAUCGUCCCGAGUGUUUUAAAUACCGCCAAUUGGCCGAGCGUCCCGUCGAAGACGAUUUCGGAGCCCGAUAAAUUACCUCAUGACUCCUACCCGAGCCUCGACGAGCUCCAGCACUCGGACAGGCGAUCGAAACAGCACAACUUUGCACAUGCCAAUCAUGUGCAGGGCCUCAGUCUGAGCUUCGAGAAGCCACUCUCUCCUGUGAUGAAGUCCAAGAUGGACAGCAAGAAAGCUGAAGCUCGCGAGGAGGCUUUCAAUAAAAAUAUUCAAGUCUUCAAGUACGUGCAAGACGUCGAGAAGAUGCAGCAAAGCUUGACGCAGGAUAACAAAACAAGCAACAACUCUAGUCCGAAUUCCAACGAGACGACGCCAACGAACCCGGCGCCGCCAAAACUACCCAAUUCUGUAAUCAACUAUCCAAUCGAAAUCGACAAUAACAAUCCCAUCGAGAUGAACAAAGACUCAUUGAAAAACACCAAUCCCCGCACAAGGAGGAAUCCCAUACUUCCGACUCCGCAGCACGAGGAGCCACUCUCGAAACAAAUCAUCCAAGACGACAUGAAAAUAUCACAGAACCACGAAAUAAAAAUAUCACAAAAUCAAGAAAAACUCCACAACGAGGAAGCGGAUGCCAAGCCGAGGGGAAAACCUUGGAUCCAAAAUGCUUCUUCCAAUCCUCUCGGAAGGAGUGAGAAGCUCACAAAAGCUCUGAAUCUGAAAGAUCAGACUCAACCAAAAUCAAAUCAUCAGUCUCGAAAUAUGAGAGAAGAUUCUGAAAAUAAGAGAGGAAAGGAGCAUAUUUUUGCCGCCAAGUCUGAGAAGGAGCAGAAGUCGAGCGAGCAGAAGAAAAAUCAACAGAGGCCUGCCGUGAUCCUCCUGGACGAGACGAGUUCCGACAAUUCGAGAAACUCGGACUCAAGUGAACUCACUUUUGGCUUUGAAAUCAAUGAACAGCUUCUUCUGUCCGAGGAAUCGGAGGAAACUACUACUCCAACGCCUAGUCCUGUAUUUUCGCCUGGAGUUCCUCCAUUUACUAAACCGCCGCCGAACUUUAGUCAGCCGCCGCCAUCGUUUCCAAAUCAUGUGAAGAUUUAUGAUAAAUUCCCACCGAACUUUCACAUGAAUCCGGUGCACAAUGUACAUCCAGGGAUGCCAAUUGCACACGUGAUGCAAACUGCGCCAAAUGUCGCGCAUGUUUUCAGGUAUCAUCCACCACCGAUGUUUAUGCGCCCGCCGCCGGCUGUGCCACUUGCUAAUAUGGAGAAAUAUAUUAAUCCACCGAAGGAGGACUUUUCGGCGCGAUAUGUCGCACCGGAGGGCAAUGUUAAUGUACAGAAUUACAAUCAUGACAAGAUUGUCACAUUCGUUGGAUUGGCAUGGGAAGACGUGAUGAAAGAAAUGCCAGCGACGACAGCAACAGGACGUGUUCGUUACUACAGUGGACAGUGAAAUUCGUCGCGAAAUCUUGAAACUAAAAACAAAAAACUAUAAACUCAACAAAAGUGCUUUAAAAAGAAAAAACACGUCUUCAAAGAGUCCGCCGACUGAACGUUAGUGUGUAAUUAAUAUAAUUGCAAUUAAGUGCUUCGGGUCGGAAACCGGAACUUAAUCUGGUGUUUCCUAAAAACACUUCUAAGUCGAUUGUACAGGUGAAAACGCGAAAGAAGAGGAAUAAAUGAUGAAAAGCUAAGAGAGAAGAAAUACACAAGUAUCUAAAUAAGUAAAUAUUCUGGGCCCUCAAGCCAGUUUUAUUUAUCAAUGAAGACGAAAAUAUAAAUACAGCGAUCAAAUAUCGCCUCCUUUACACUCUUGAUUCAAAUCCUUCGCGUUGAAUCAACGAAAGUCAAGUGGCGCGCAAUGAGUGCCUCAGGUAGUAAAAAAAAAAAACUGUAUAUAAAAGAGUGAAAUAGUCGAAGCGUUUUAGAGCAGCUACUGCUCUCGGGUACUUGCAUCCUCAAAAUCUAAAAAGAUCCAACCAACAAAAACAAAAAAAGCCAAUGGGAAAUAAACAAAACAAAAAAAUAGAUGAAAAAACAGACUCGCACUUUAAAGUCUCUAAAUUUGCAAAAUAAUUAUAAAUCCGACUCCCAAGGAGUGCCCAGCCAAUCAAAAUUCACUGUACAGUUGUCUGGAUUUUGAAAAAUAUGAAGUCUAGAUGCAGAGAGGAUGCGAAAUCCAGAAAGAAAAUCUACUAGAAGUCAUGGAGUGAGUGGCGAAUAAAAAUGUAGAAUGAAAAAUGUAAAUACUGAAGCAUCCCCCGUAAACUCUAGAACUCGAAAUUCUAGUUUGCUCGCGAGCUGGAUUACGCUUAGAUGAUUAAGAGGAGGAGGGAUGAGAAAUGGGGAAGGAAAAUUUCAAGACUUGGUUUCUUCUGGUUGUGUGGUGUCUGUAAAAAUAGAAGAAGAGAAAAAGAUUCGACGAGAGAUUGAAAGGAAGAAGAAAAGUGAGAGAGAGAGAGAGAGAGAUAUGUUGACUUUUUGUGUGUCGGUUCGUGUGAGGGUUGCAACGUUUUUACACAGACUCGCUUAUUUAAAAAAAAAAAUAAAUAAAUAAGAUGUAACUUACAGCUAAUUCUAUGUAAAGAUCAUCAUCCAAGAUAUGUUCUUGUUGUUGCGAGCGUAAGAGUGUGUGUGCGAGAUACGAAUGAUAUUGUAGAUUUGUCGUUGCUCUUGUCCUUCUCACGAUUGCUGUUCGAACUUGAAAUUUAUAUUAAUUGAGAGUGCAUGUAUGUACAUAUCGCGGGAAAAAGCUAGACUCUUUCGUUGUUAGAAAAAUGCUUCAGCCGAGUGGAUGGGACAUUCAUUUCGUUUGUUUUUUGCAAAUUAAAAACUAAAAUCGGAAAAGAGGUAAGUUGAGGAGAAUGAAAAGUGAGAUCGGAUUACUUUUUUCAAUUCAAAGUUCAUUCGCGAUUUCUGAGGGAACAAAAUUUUGGAAACUCGAAUCUCGUAAUUUCGUUGGUUUGUCUCUGACGACGAAGAAGAAGAUAAAGAAAGAAAUGAAAUAAUUUUCUUUUCUUUUUUUCUUUCUUUUUUAUCGCGUCCGAAGAUCAGGGAAAAGAAAGAAACCAAAUUUUAUUUAGCAGCAUCUUAUUUUAAUAUUUAUUUUAAACUUUUUAAAAUUGCAUGUUGAUUAUUAUUAAUAUUAUUAAUUACUGCUAUUAGUGAACUAAUAUAAGGAUCGUUUUGGCCAACACAGUUACGAGAUUGGAAGUGGGGUCUCUCGUUCUCGAAAUAUUUAUUGUGUAAAAAAUGUAGAAUGCCAAUCGGAAGCCCGCUGGAUGGGAAGUAUCGAGUAUUUUCUUUUUUUCUUUCGUGGGGGUAAAAACCGGUGUUUUGAAGCAAACAAAAAAGAAAACAUAAUGAGGGUUAUCAAGUGUUCUUCCAGUAUGUAAUAAUACAAUUUGUCAGAGUCGUUCGAAGUUCGAACAGCAAUCUCAAGGGACGUCAAACUAUGAAGAAUCAACUAAAAAUGAGGAUCCGCUUUUAAAGGCGAUUCCUCAAUAAGCUUUGCUCAAACAUUUCGCAAUCCUGGAACCCAGAAUUUGAUUUUGCAAUUUGUAUUUAUUGAAAUGCUUUGGAAUUUCGGUUAAUUUUUUUAAUUUCCCCAAAUUUCAUAGCUUUCCAAGUUCUAGUUGAAAAAAAAACAAUCAUUUCAAUUUUUCGGUGGUCUGGGGAUUGCGACGUGAUUGCCUUGUGUCUGUUUUAGUAUUAACGCUAAUUAAUCGUAAAUUAAUUUAAAUUCGCAACUCUCUAAUUUCGUGUCGAUUUUCUCUCCGGAGACUCGAAACUCGAAAUACAAGCAAGGCCUCGCUUUUCGGCCUUUGUUUUCAGUUUUUGCCCGAUCCUGCGAGGCCUUAAAAAUAAAAAUUCGAUUCGGCGGUACAGCUUCGAGAAAAUCUUAAGCUACGAAAUUUUCGUUUUUAUUACAGACUUACUUUACUAAAAGGAAAACAAAAAAAAAUAGAAAAAAAACAACAAUUUUAUCGCCGAGGUACGCUAUUUAUUUUUAUUUUUUUCCCAAGGAACGGCCUGGAGCUGUUUUCCGUUUUCUUUUUUUCGGGGAGAGAGAAAAAAAAUAGGAAAGGAUUUUUACUGCCAUCAAGAAGAAAGUCCGCUUUUUUAAUCUAAUAGUAAAAGUCAUUGCACAGUUAUUUUUUCGCGUACAUUCCCGAAGAUUCACGGAAAAGAGGCCGAAUUUGUUUUCUUUUUCUUUUGUGAUUUCGAGAGUCGCGGACUGUAAAUUGAUAAAUUUAAGGUUAAGAGAUCGGUUCGUAAUUCUUAUUUUAAGAGAUCUCUGACUUAUUUUCGUGCGGGAAAGACGCCAGAAUUUUUAUCCGAACGACUUGUUUUGGGAAAAUUUAGUUGUCAGACUUCGGAUGAGAAUUCAAAAAACGCGCCUUUGGUGAUUUAACUUCCCGGGCAUUAAAAAUCGUUGAAAGGUUUUUUUUCUUCCGCAUCGAUUGACAAGUUAAGGAACGGUCCGAUUAAAAUAUUAUUAUUUUCUAUUUUGCGACCGAAAGGUUUAUUUCAUUGAAGAAUGCAAAUUCCGAUUUGAGUUGUUUGUAUUUUGAUUAGAUUUCUAUUGAAGUAAAACGAAAUUUUAAUCUAUAGUUGAAUACAAAAGAAAUCAAAAGUGAAUUUGGUUCUCUAAUUGGAUAAAAAUGAAAGAUACUUAAGAAUAAUUCUCCUAUUGUAAAAGUAUAAAAUACUUACGUAAAUGAGAAUGUAAAAAGAAAAGACAAUAAGUUUUUCAGCUUCGUUCGCAAUUCGAUAAGAAGUCGAUUUUUCGGAGAACCCAUUUCUUCCAAUUUAGUCUGAGUUUUGGCAUUUCGGAAAAAAAAAAGAUCGUGGGGGCUAAUAAUAACCGAGUAAAAGACGAUCUCAAUCCUAGCCUUUGUACAAGUGUAUCUUUACUUUGUUAUUCAUGUAAAACACUCCACGGUUUUGUAUAUAUAACUAUAUAAAUGAUUUCUAUGUAUACGGAGGAAGGGCAGUCUGUGACGUUUAUUAAUUAUUAAUUAUUAUGAUGGCUAUCGUCAAACUAUUCGAUGACUAUUACUAUUAUUAAUAUUAUUAUUAUAUGUUAUUAUUAGAUAUUAUUUAAAGAAGAACCUAUCAUUAUGAUUAAUCGAAGAAUUGGGGGGGGGGGGAAUAAGCAAGAGUGUGAGCUUCUGUAUGUUUGUGUGUGAUAAAUCUCUGUGUACGUGUGCGAAAUAAAUUUGUUGCGAGAGGCUGUACUGCCCGGCUGAGAAAUACACGAAAGGAUAUUGUUGCCAACUUUUAGUAUGUUGCCAAAGUCCCUUUGUGGGUUUUUAAAAAGCGAUCAGUUUAAACAAAAAACAAAAAAAAAAGAGUGCACGACUCCAAUUGUCCAAUUGAAAAGUACCAAUUUUUACGAAAAAGGAAUGCUAAAUAUUUGCGGUUUUGUGAUUUAGUUUAAUUUAGGUCGUUUUUAAAAUUAUAUAGCGGAGGAUUUCGAAUUUCAAUUAAGAUGAAAAAAAGAAGAAAACGAAAAAAAAGCCUGAGAAAUUAAUUUUGAAAAUAUUUUUUAUAUAUUCCUUGCAUGGCCAUAAAACGAAGAAAAAAAUCGAUAUUUUCGAGACGUGCAUUCGUUUCAAAUUUGGAUCGCAGUAUUCGUGGGUUUUGGAUUUUCGGUAAUCGAGCAGCCUGUAGUGAAAUUUAAUUAUAAAGUUUGAAAAUAAUAUGAAUCCCCUUUUUUUAUUUCAAUUUUUGAUUUAUUUUUUAGGGAGGCUGGAUUGACCGAAUGUGCAAAACUUGACGAUCACUUAAUACUUUGUUACUAAUAUUUAAAAAAAAAGAAAAAGAAACCUCAGAAACCAGCAAAGCAGACGAAAUAUGAGAUAUUAUAAUUAUAUCGACCACAAGAAUGUGUUGUAUAAGGACAAAAAAAAUGAAAAGAAAAAUAUGUUAACGCUAUUACAGAAACGAGAAAAGAGAGACGUUCUUCUUAAUUAAUGGUGUAAAAUGGAAAAGAAGUCGAGUAGACUCUACCGUCUUUUAUUUUUUAUUUUUGGCUUUUAAGCUGUUCUUAUCUGCGACAAAAAAAGCUUUGCGUACGGUACUGUGAUAUGUCGCUGUUUAUUCAUUUUUGUUGCACACGUUCAAAUAUAAAUGCCACUAUCAUGUCGGAAGCAACACUGUUCUGCGAUUAUAGAAUUAGAAAAAUUGAUGAAAAAAGUCGAAAAAAUCAAGGGAAAAGUAUGGAGGAUAAAAAUAAAAUAUGUCAUUAUUAUUAACGAAUUACGCAAGUCUUAUGAAGACUUUUUUUAGUUUUGGAUUCGUCAAUGCGCUAGAACAGUUCCUAAGUUCACGCCAAUCCUUGUCUGGAUUAUUAUUUAAAUUGAAAAAAAAGGAUGAAUAAAUAAAUGCUUUCACAACAAA